AUCCCGAUCUCGGAUAUGGCGGAGCUACCAGCGAGUCCCGGCGGCGGUGUUGGCAGCCCGGAGACGGCGAUCACGAACGGCGCUCGCAACGUGAGCAGGAUCAUGAAGAAGGCGCUGCCCGCUAAUGGAAAGAUCGCGAAGGACGCGAAGGAGACGGUUCAGGAGUGCGUUUCUGAGUUCAUCAGCUUCAUCACUAGCGAGGCGAGUGAUAAGUGUCAGAGAGAGAAGAGGAAGACGAUCAAUGGGGAUGAUUUGCUUUGGGCGAUGACGACCCUAGGGUUUGAGGAGUACAUUGAGCCGCUGAAGCUGUAUCUGCAGAAGUAUAGGGAGAUGGAGGGUGAUAGCAAGGUACCUAAAGCUGGAGAGGGCUCUGUGAGAAAGGAUGGUAUGGGACUUCAAGGUGGAACUCAGACCAGUUCUAGCUCCCAAGGGGAGUACAAGAUGGUUCAACAAGGAUCCUUUUCUCAGGGUAUGAACUACAUGCAACCUCAGUGAUAGCCAGUCAUCCUACUACUAUUCGCGGGUGAACUUGGAAGGAUCUUCAUGCUGUUUUCAGUACUGGGCUAAUUAUCAGCAUUAUGUUGGCGUCGUCUUUUUAUUUGUCAUAAGUAUACUUGUAUAUUGUGGAUAAAGUUAUUAGAGUCCAGUGUUAUGGUUAGAACUGUUUCAUCCCCCUUUUAUUUUUGUUAUUUUAAACUCUUAAUCGAGCAAUCUGUUAUAGUUUUUGUAAUCCAUUAUGUUCAGUUCUUAUUCUCACCUCUAAUCAAGUACGUGUUUUGUCGUCGCUA